AUGUGGCCGAACGAUUCUUCGGAUAAGGAUUGGAGAGGCCAGUGGAUCUGGGUAAGGGUUCCCGCUGAUCCGGAGCACCCCCAUUUUUUCGGGGCUCCCCGUUAUCUCUCCCGGCCUGAUCCGAACAUGCAGGAUUUGGGCCCCGAAGACCCUGAUGCCGCUCGUCAUCCCAGCUAUGAGCAGAUGAGCUUCUUCGGGAAGCAGAAAAAUCCUGGGGGGACCGGCCGAAUGAAGUUCAUCCCAACCAGAUGGCUUCUAGAUAACCAUUACGUCUUCCAAGAGAAGAUGUUAGCUGUUGUCGGCCUCAGCCGAAAGCACAUAGGUGAGCUGAGCGAGGCUACCUCGGGUAUCGACUACAAUCGGGUGGGGGUGAACGCUAAAUGGGUCAUCUUAGACCGAGCUCCAGCGAUCACAGCUCCGAAGGACCGUCCGUUGUAUUUGCAUUCAACGGGCCUUCAGAUCGAGGCUGCUGCGGAUUAUACCAAACAGAAGCCUUGGUGGGAGAAGCGAGAUCCCCUGAGGCCCCUAUUACCCGAGGAAGCACAGGCUGCUCAGACAGCCGAAGACGUGUCCAGGGCGAUUAGUUCCUUGGAAGGAGGUGUCAGAACGUCUAGUGCUGCCGAGCAGGGCCUUUGCUGCCCCCCAUUUCUGCAGUCUGAGGAAGGAAGCGUAAGGAGAGAAGGGAAAGCUCCUGCUCGUCCUGAAGAUUCAUCUUCGUCUGAAUUUGAAGAAAUGGACGAACAACCCUUGGCCAAGAGGAGGAGGAGGAUAGCAGUGCUGGGUCCUCGUCAAUUUCAGACGGGGCUGAUGCCUACUGGAGGCAUACACAUAAGGGAGCCUGAUGAAGGCAGAGGCUCGCCGAGGGCUCCCCCUCCGCCAAAAAACCCGCCUCCUCGAACCCCUCCUCCACCUCCCGAAACUCAAGAAAUGGAGGUGGACCAGAAAACUCCUGAUCCGAAAGGGGGGGUUCAAGGAGAAGAUCUGAAUCAAGGGAGUGCCAUAGGGCACUUUGCUGAAGCUGCUGAGAAACCCACUGCCGAAGGUUUCUCAGGUGACAUUGAGAGGGAGGUUGACGCCUUCAUUCGUCAACCCGAGGCAAGGGAGGAGGAAGAGGUCAUUGCUGUUGACCCUGGUAGAGACCAGCUGGGCUCCGCCGAAGGGGAAAAGAGUGUUGAGCCGGAUAAGGCUCAGGAUGCUCCCUCGUCUUCCUUUCCCUCUUUCCAGUCGUUGAACUCUGGAGACCUGGGUUUCUCGGCCCCCCGCAUCACAAUCCCCGAACCAGUUUGGGAACGUAUUUGGGGCCAGAACCGAGAAGGAGCUGCGGGCUACUUCAGCGACCUUACUGGUAUGUCCGAGGUAGAUCGAGCUCGGGUGUGGUCGCUGAAGGCCACUGCUGGAAUGGGUGAGUCCAGCCGAAGGGUCCCUGACCCUGCCAGAGACAACCAGCGCUUGCUGAUGCAGACACCCUCCAUGACAAGCUGGAGCAUGCCUGGGAAGAUGCCAAGAUCGCCAAGGAAGAGGCAGGAAAAGGCAAAGUUGGCGGCGCUGAAACAGCAAGCUGCUAAAGAGAAACAAGCUGUUGCCGAAGAGUAUGAAAGGCAGGAUGCCCAAGCCCUUCAGACCUUCUGCCAUGCCAUGGAGACUGAGGUCCAGGAGGUGGAGCAGAGGCUGGAAGCCCUUGAAUCCAGCAGGAUGGCUGCUGAAGAAGCUCAUCAGGCCAGGGACACUCAACUGUCUGCUGCCCAAGCUGAUGCUGAGGACCAGGACCAGAAGCUGAAAGGUCUGGAAGAUCAGCUGAAGGCCAAGGAAGACGAGCUGGCCCAAGCCAAGGUCGAAACUUCAAAUGUCCAGCUACAGCUUGACGAGCAGAAGACUUCUUCCUCCAAACUCUCAGAAGAAUUAGAAAAAUCUAAAAAAGAUUUAGAGGAGAGUCAAAAGAAGCUGGAUGAUGCUGAAGCCCUGCUCCGGGUUCGCCUCUACACCCAAGAAGAGUAUGAGAUGGGUUACAUGAACGGGUUUAAGGUGGCCCGGAGGCUGGCUCUCCAUGCUGAGCCCUCGCUGGACUGGGCUAAGUGCACGUUCUGGGUUCAGGAUCCCGAAGAUCCACACAUGAAAUACCCUACUCCUGCUGAGCAUGAGAUCCUACAGGCUGAAGCAGCCGAGGAAGAAGCUGAGCGAAGGGAGCUGAAAGCUGAACAGAGAGCCGAUGAUGCCCAGACAAGAACCCAACCUGCCUCCUCUACUGCUGGAACUGAGACUGCCCGGGGACCAGGCACUGCUGACCAGCCUUACCCUCCGGCUGAAGCAUAG